AUGUCUCGCCCAGCGGCAACACCCGUCGAUGCUCCACAACCACCGCGACCCGAAACGAUUUACGAGCGCACACCCAUCACGUCGGAACGAUCGCUACGUCAGCUUUCCGUAUUCUUGUUCGGGGGAGCUUGUCUACUAGCAACGACUGCGUUAACGCGCAAAGCUGUCUGGAGGAGACAACUCCGCGUGAUGCCCAAAUAUUUCGAACCGAAUACAAACCCCCACGAAUUUUUCAGUCCGUUCUCGGACGCUAUACAGGCUCUGAAUCUCGCCACGAUGAACUGCACCAGCGUCGGAAUCAUGGCCGUAGGUGGCGCCAUGUGGACGUUCGACAUUGCCAACUUGAAAGAGGCACAGGCGAGUCUACGGAGACGGCUGAACUACGACAGCAUAUACAAAUCCGAAGACGAUAUACCAAGGACCCUCUCCGAGCUCAUAGCAGCGUCUGGGCAAAUGCACAUAGAAUACGACAAAAAGGAUGGGAGUGACGACAAGUCCCAAUAA